AUGAAAGGCAUAGUUGCUCAUUCAUUUAUUAUUCGUCAAUAUCUCAUUCGUUUUGCCAACACAUUUCUGGCGACUUUAUUUUUUUUUUUUUUCCUAUCGUUCUUCAUCCCCUUCUUUCUCUCUCUCUUUUUAUUCUGUUACUUUCCUUCUCGUCUGUUUUAUUUAUUUAUUUCACUUCUUUUCUCUUUCUUUCUUUCUUUCUUUCUUUCUUCCUUCUCAUUUAUUUUAUUCUUUCUUUCUUUCUUUCUUUCUUUCUUCCUUCUCAUUUAUUUUAUUCUUUCUUUCUUUCUUCCUUCACAUUUAUUUUAUUCUUUCUUUAUUUCUUUCCUCUUCAUAUAUCCUGCUUCCUUCCAUCUCUUAUUUUCUUUCUUUCUUUUUUCUUUCUUUCUUUCUUUUUUUCUUUCUUUCUUCUCAUUUGAUUUUUAUUUAUUUAUUUUAAUUUCUUUCUGCUUCUAUUCGAUUCUUCUUUCUUUCUUUCCACCUUCUCUGAUUUGCUACGUCUCUCACGCUCUCUCUCUCUCUAUCCCACAUUCUCUCUUACAAAUCCUCUCUCUCACACUCUCUCCCCUGAGCUCUUUCUCUUGCUCUCUUUCCCUCUCUCUCACGCUCUCUCUCUCUCGCACUCUCUCUCGCACUCUCUCUCUCUCUCUCGGUCUUUCUCUGAUACCCUUUCUCUCUCGCACUCUUUCUCGCACAGUCUCACGCUCUCUCACCCACAUACUCUCUCUCUCACAAACUAUCUCUCACUCACACUCUCUCCCUCAAGUUCUCUCUCUCUCUUUCUCUUGCGCUCUCUCUGAUUCUCGCACUAUUUCAUUCUCUCUCACACUCUCUCGCACUCUCUCUCUCUCUGUAUCUUUCUCACACUCUUUCUCUCUCGCACUCUCUCACUCCCCUUCUCUCCUCCCUCCCCUACCUCCUCCUCCCUCCACUACCUCCUCCUCUCUCCCCUACCUCCUCCUCUCUUCCCCUCCCCAUCUCUCAAACACACACCACCAGAUCGCGGAUGCUUAA